GGAGCUGCGAGGCGCAUGCGCGGUGCGGGGCCCGCCGCUCUGCUGCUGUCGCUGCCGCUGCUGCCGCCGCCACCGCCACCGCCGCCGCCGUUACCGCCUCCCUGACGGCAAGUGUGUGAGGAGCUAAGGGUCGCCGCCGCUGCCGCCGCCGCUAUGGGGAGAAAGUCGAGCAAAGCCAAGGAGAAGAAGCAGAAACGGUUGGAGGAGCGAGCAGCCAUGGAUGCCGUUUGUGCCAAAGUGGAUGCUGCCAACAGGCUCGGAGACCCUCUGGAAGCUUUCCCAGUGUUCAAGAAAUAUGAUAGAAACGGGUUGAAUGUCUCCAUUGAAUGUAAGCGAGUGUCUGGACUAGACCCUGCCACCGUGGAUUGGGCCUUCGACCUGACCAAAACGAAUAUGCAAACCAUGUAUGAGCAGAGCGAGUGGGGCUGGAAGGACCGAGAGAAACGGGAGGAAAUGACAGAUGACCGAGCCUGGUACCUCAUUGCUUGGGAAAACAGUUCCGUCCCUGUUGCCUUUUCUCACUUCCGGUUUGACGUGGAGUGCGGGGAUGAAGUCCUGUACUGCUAUGAAGUGCAGUUGGAAAGCAAGGUGCGGCGGAAAGGCCUGGGGAAGUUCCUUAUACAGAUCCUGCAGCUCAUGGCCAACAGCACACAGAUGAAGAAGGUUAUGUUAACAGUAUUUAAACACAAUCAUGGCGCCUACCAGUUCUUCAGAGAAGCGUUGCAAUUUGAAAUUGAUGACUCUUCCCCCAGCAUGUCCGGUUGCUGUGGGGAGGAUUGCUCCUAUGAGAUCCUGAGCCGGAGGACCAAGUUUGGGGACAGUCAACACUCCCACGCGGGUGGGCACUGUGGUGGCUGCUGCCACUGAACUCUCAGAGCCACUUGCAAGUCACAGUGCUCUCUCCUAAGGCCUUUCUUCUUUCCUGGUCUCUCCGUUUGCCAGGUGCCCUCAGGGCUGUAACCUCCCCAGCCCUGCACGUGCCAGGCUGCAGCCCGAGAGCACAGAAUCCUGGAGAGAAGUGGUAUGAGCUGCUCCUCCUCCUCUCCUAGGAGACCAGAAUGCUGGGAGGGAAUGAAGGGGAGAGGGAAGAGUGGGUGGGCCUGGCUGUGAAGCUCAUCCUCCACGGUGGCUGCCUCUUCACUUGGCUUCUGGGCCCUGCAGUGGAAGUUCUCCCACUGCUGCAGCCCGUAGAUUCCUGGCACCGUCCCUGCCCCCAAACACACACACUUGGACAAAUGGAAUGUUUAUGCCCACCUUUAUGAAAGUUCUGGAGUCCUGGGUCUAGGGUUUGCUGAUCCCCAAAUUGAAACACACUGGGUAUAAGAUCUGGGCAUAGAGGGAGGCUUCAGAGAGACUCACGCUUUCACAGAUGGAAUGCUCCUAUGGAGACCGUGGGAAGAUCUUUUGUGCCAAGAUGCAGGGAAGUGAAGAAAGCUCUUUCCAGCUGUUUUUAUGGAUUCAUGGAGUGGGCUCACGUUGGGACCAGCUGACUCUGGGAGGAGGACUGCUUCUCUCCAUCGCUGUCAGUGAGAGAGAACCUGAAAGAACCAGGAAUGAGGUGUUCUGUGCGGCCCGCCGUGGGGAUGAUCUUCUUUAGGCUCCUGGUCGUGGCUGCAUUCUGAACUUAACCUCCUGGUCUCAUGGCAGUCACUUGAGCUUUUGAUUCAUAGAAGAAA